CAGCAUCCUCCUGGUCAGCAGGGGGCAGUGUAGCGCAACUGUACUGCGGACUGACAGCUGACGACAAGGCUCAAGCAGGCGGCGCGCGCUCCAGCCUGGCUAAGCUAAUGCUAGCAGUAGGGGCAGAAGUGGAAGUUGACGGCUCCUUGUCAUGGAUAACACCCACGCCAAAUACGUUUCCCAGAAGAUCAGCAGGACGAGAUGGCGACCGGUGUCGUACGCUGCCCUGCAACAGCCGGAGGUGUUUGCCAGCGGCUCCUGGGACAACGAGGAGAACAAGGUUUCCUUGUGGUCUCUCGUCAACGAUGAAGCUUUGGGGGUGGAGGAUGAGUUUGAGGGAGAGCCGCAACUUUUGUGUGAACAGAAGCACGGCGGUGACGUCAUGGACCUCCAGUUUUUGGAUCAGGACAGAAUGGUGACGGCGUCCUCGACAGGGGCAGUCACCAUCUUUCACCACAAUCACAACACUCAGCAGUUGGACGUUUCUCAGCUCUGGCCUCGGGCGCACCACUACCCCUGUGACAGCGCCCCCUGCACGGGUGUGGUGUGCAGCAGCCCAGAGAUCGUGUCUGUCGGUGAGGAUGGCAGGAUCGUGGUGUUCGCAGCUGACCGGGGAGCAGUUGUCCGAACCAUAGAAAACGCCGACAGCAGCACCAUUCACGCUGUCACCUAUUUGAAGACCACGGAGGUCCUCACAGUCAACUCCAUCGGUCAACUCAAGAUCUGGGACUUGAGACAGGAGAGGAACUCGCCGUCGCAGAUCCUCUCUCAAUCAGGUGACCGGAUUCCGCAGCACUGCGUGGCCAGACAUCCCAACCAGCAGCACAUCGUGGCCACAGGGCGGCAGGACGGGAUGCUGUGUGUGUGGGACGUGAGACAGGGAGCGAACCCCCUGUCCCUCAUGGAGGCCCACGCCGCCGAGAUCUGGGAGGUCCACUUCCACCCGACCAACCCGGAUCAUUUGUUCACCUGCUCCGAGGACGGCUCGCUGCUGCACUGGGAGACCUCGUCGCCCUCGGACGUGCCGGCCUUCUUACAAGGCGGCAGGAACAGCAGCGUGAUGUCUCGCAGUGCGAUGGCCCCGGCCGGAGGGAACCAGUCCCUGGUCAGCGCCUGGCUCAACGGAGACUCCAGCAAGAGCCGGCUGGAAGCCACGCACAUGCUGCCCAGUCAGACCCUGUCCGUCAACAGUGUGGACGUCCUGGGCCAGUGUCUCAUCUGUGGGACGGACGGGGAGGCCGUGUUUGUCAACAGACAGGUGCCGGUGUAGCCGCGCUCCCGCCGUUACUCUGGAUUUUGUACAAAUGAAAAUCAUUGCUGAGUCAAUAGUUCAGUUGUUUUGUUAAUAAAACAUUGAAAAAUAAA